AUGGGAGACCAUGAGAUUAAUGGCAAAUCGUACAGCAGAAAAAAUAAAAGAAAAAACGUAAAAAUUAGGGCAAAAAAGGUUAAUGAAAAUUUUAAAAAUAGAAUCCAGAAAAUGCAAGAGAAUAUAAAGAAGAUUAUUGAGGAGAUAAAUGUUACGGGGCAAGUUGCGAAAAAAUGUAUUCGAAAUGAGCAGAAGGCGAUCAAUGAAAUCUUAAAGCAGAUAAUAAAAAAUGUUUCUACUUGUAUAUCAAUAAGUUUUCAUACUCUGUCUCUUCUGGAAUCAUCUAUUAGGCCACAUGUAUUACUUGAUAAAACUGAAUAUAUCACUAACGUAGAGAACAAACUAUACCAGUGCCUUGAUAACAAAGAUGCUGAGGAAUGUUUCAAUAAUGUAAGGAAGACUGCCUUUGACGAUUUAGAACGUGAGGAAAAAGAAAUACUUCAAAACAGAGCUGACUCUAGAACCGCUACUGAUGAUAUUUUGGAUUCUAUUGUUACUUGCACGAGCAAUGGUCUUAUAAAAGCAUCUGUUGCUAUUGCAAAUACCACUCACCAAGUUAUUAAAUGUGUCGCAAAGGGUUAA